GCUGUGCUUACGCUCAAAGGAGCACACCGACACGAUCAUAGUGUGUGUACACCCUCCUGCAGCCUGCACGCCAAACCUACAGAUAAGACGACUGAGAUGAAUCCUGAAGGUGUUCCACUGCAGGGGAGGGGAUAUGAAGGAUAUCCAGGACAGCCUGGAUAUCCAGGACAGCCUACAAUGGUUCAGUCCACCAUUGUGAACAUCGUCACUGAGCCCCCCAAUGAUCACAUCAUCUGGUCCCUCUGCUGCUUCGUCUACUCGAACCCCUUCUGCCUCGGACUGGUGGCUCUCAUCUACUCUAUCAAGUCCAGAGAUCGGAAGAUGGUUGGUGAUCUGGAGGGGGCUCGUCAUUAUGGAGCAACCGCCCGCACCCUCAACAUUGUAUCUUCUGUUUUGGUUGGCUUAGGGAUCCUUAUCUCCAUUAUUACCAUCAGUGUGAUCAUUCAGAGACUUCAGGAAAUUUACUAUUAUCCUGGUCAUGGUUAUUAUGGAAACUGAUGGAAAAUGAACUGUAAAAUAAUUUUGGUUAACUGAAACUAAAAUAAAAACAAGGCUUUGCAAAAUAAAAACUAUAACUUGCCUGCCUUUUAACUCCUUAUGAACCAAUACGCAGUCUGCGAUCCUCUGGCAGAGCCCUACCGGCUGUUCCAGGCUAAAAACAAAAGGGGACAGGGCCUUUGCUGUCAGAGCCCCCAGACUUUGGAACAACCUGCCAGAGGAGAUCAGACUUGUAGAUUCAGUCCCUUGUUUUACAUCUCUACUCAAGACAUUCUUUUAUAAAAAUGCUUUUACUCUGUGAUAUCGUUAAUUGUUUUUAUUUUUUAUUUUAUUAGUCUGAUUUUGUUGUCUGCUUGUUUACUCUUUGCCUGUUGCUUUAAUUGUCUCUGCUUCUAUUUUCUGUUGCAAAGCACUUUGCUACUUGUAUAGAAAAGUGCUUCCAAAACUAAAUAAAAAUUACAUUAUAGACAAAGUGUCCUUUGUCUUUGUGUUUGACACGAGCAUACUGACUGAUAUGCCGUUUAUGUUUUGUCUCAGGCAUGUCUGGAUGAGCAUGUUCAUGCAGAAGUUAAAACGGUUUUCCUUAUUUUUUUUUAGGAUAUAUUAAUAUCCUUUAGACUCUAAAAGAUAUGUCAAAGUCAAAGUCCUAUUGGGUCGGGGGCCGGAUUUGUCCAAAUGAGACCUCAAGUGGGCCGGACUAAUUUUGCCGACAUCACUGUAACUCAACACAUGGACAUAUAGGCUAAUGUAUGAUUGUAUAGAAAACUUUAACAUUAACAUUAAGCAGAGGGGUUAACUCUGUCAUUGCAAACUGCAUGUUGGCACAUGGAAAUAUUUAAAUGUACCACAUUACAGAAGAAAACAUCAAUAAUUAUGUUUUGUUUGAGAUUAUUAUAUUAUGUUUAAAUAUUGCUGUUCAAGGUUAUAGAAACUUUGACACCUUAUUCUACCUGCCCUGGGAUC